CUGAGACAUGGGGUCACAAGGCGAGAUUCAUACCAUCUCAAUGCCUUGUUCAGCUGCACGACUAACAGUCUACCGCUUGAAUAAUGACGCCACAAGCUCUCCUGUCUAUCGUGAUCGCGAUAUGCAUUUCUCAGAGUUCAAGCCAGUCUCUAAGUGGCCGAAAUCUUAGAAUCACCACCAUACACGCACCACCUUUGGUGGUUGUCAAUAGCAACAUUUCACAGAGUAGGUACGGUGACCGGUACGAGGGCAUCCUCAUCGACAUCAUCUCCAAGAUCGCUCGUCAAGCCAACUUCACAUUUGACAUACACGUCGUCAACGACAACCAAUACGGCUUCGAGUCAUCCCCCGGACAAUGGAAUGGCAUGAUCGGGGAGGUGAUCAAUAACGUGGCAGACAUCGCUGCAGCUCCUCUUACCAUCGCUUCCAGGAGGGCCGGCGUCAUCAGCUUCUCCCAGCCCAUCAUGGACGCCGGCAUCCGCAUCCUGUACAAGAAGCCCACGACGUCCAUGUACAACCAGUCCCUCCUCAUCCUCCUCUCGCCCUUCACCACCGGACUGUGGUUCAUGAUCCUCGCAUCCUUUGUUGUGGCCAGCCUCAUCUUCUUCGCCAUCGGGAAGCUGAGCCCGUAUGAGGAACUUCAGGACAACCCCCACGUCGGCGACGACAUCCCUCUUACUACCACGCUCAUCAACGCCUUCGUCUACACCAUCAGUUCCUUCAUGCACCAAGAGAGAGCAGGGGUUCCACGCUCCACUUCUGGCCGCAUCAUGUCCAUCUUCUGGUGGAUUUUCACCACCCUGGUUUUUACCACAUUCGCCGCCAACUUCACAGCGUUCCUCUUGGUCAGACCCCCCGACAUUCGCACCAUCCCCUUCAUGUCCUUCGACGAGCUGUCCAAGCAAACUGACGUCAAGUACGGCACUCUGGCUAAAGGCUACACCAACUACUACUUCUCCAAGUCCAAGAGACCUCUGGAACAACGCCUGUGGAAGAAGAUGUCUUCCGACGCCACCCUGAUGGCCAAGAGCGUGAGUGAAGGUGUGGCCCGCGUCAGAAAUGAAAACUACGCUUUCAUCAUGGAAGGUCCUACGGCUGAGUUCCUCUCUGGUCAAUAUCCCUGCGACACCAUGGUCGUUGGAGAACCCUUGGACGACAGAGCCUACGGAUUCGCCUGCGGGCAGAACAGCGAUGUAUGUACCCUUCUCAACCCCUACAUCCUGAAACUGAAGCAGAACAGUUAUCUGUCCAACAGGAGAAGAAAAUGGAUGAAGAAUUACCAAUGUAGCUAUGGUGGAAAGAAUGAAAUCAAGAUCAGGGGAAGUCCCGUGGUGGAUGUGUUUGGCAUUUCAGGAAUAAGGUUGGAGACCCAGCUGUCCUUCAACAGGUUCUCUGCCGCUCUGUUUAUUCUCUUGGCUGGUGUUGUGCUAAGUUUGAUCGUUUUGGGAGGGGAGAUAUUUUAUGUUAGUAAAUUUGGUCUCCCUCAAAAGUAGUUUCUGAGAUUCUGACUUCUUUGCAAUAGGUCGGUUUUGCGGAUGUGAUGUUCGGUUGAUGAACUGUACGCUGGUGUAGGUUAGAUAAUUCGGAGGGAAAAUAUUUCAUGUCAAUCACCCCUCCCAAACGUACUUUAUCAUGUAUAAGAAUUUGUCCAUGGAAAUAGGUUUUCUCUGCUGAAGUCAAGCUAUGAUACGUUUGAUUGUGUUUAGAGGGAAGACACAUUUCCCUCCUCAUUAUAUGUUCUCCCUAAAAAGUAGUUUGAGUACGUAUAUCUUUUGAAGUUAGCAUAUUAGCGAAAAUCUGUAUGAGUUAUACUCCAUGAAAAUGUACAUGUACUUGAUUUAAGUAAAAUAUUCAGCCGCAGUGGUUGAAGAUAAAUGUGUAUGAGCAAAUGUCGUCAGUAGUUUGUAGGUCAAGUUUAUCAUUUGUAACGUGUUUAAAGGUACUCGAAACAAGAAAGUGUAGCAGCUCAUUUUGAAAGUCAAUAAUCAAACCCCUAUUGCCUGGACAAUUUAGCUUCUCCUUCAAUGUGAAGAAAUUAAGCAAGCUGAAAAAUGUUUUCCCAUGUUACCAUAGGUCAUUAAAACAUUACACAUGUGCCGUCUUUACAACAGAGGCAGUGUGGUGACCAGUCGUCAAAGGCGACGGAAUUCGCCGUGCCUGAAACCUGUGAUCGUUGGUUCGAAACGUGGACUCGCCCCGACUUGAAUCGUAGUUUCUUAGUCAAUCGGCACCAUAUCCGUGUUCAUGGGAAUCACGAAAACGUUUAACAACAAAGACAUCCCAAGGUUUGUCAGAACUAGGUCGGUGGUUAUGGGUUUCGUAACGUCUAAGACUGCAUCACUUUCCUCUCAGAUCAAGUUGUCACGCCGUGAUAUAACUGGAAUGCUGUUCAAAGCAGCGUUAAGGAAAACUCAUUCUUCAAAACAUUUCAAUUUACAAUGAACAUUUAAUAUAAUGGGGGCAGAGGUGGUCAAGUCUUCUGAUGCGCUGCAAUUCACUGUGCAGAGUUGCGUCCCUUGGACACUAUUAACCUUGGGGUCGAAUCCUAUUUGCCCGAUUAUGUUUCUAGGUUUGUCAGUACCAUUCGCGUUUUCUUUGGUUUAACUAAAGUGAAAUAGGCCUGUAUCACUUCGGGCUUUCCUCCCACGUUAAGCUGACACGUCGUGAUAUGAAUUGAAUAUUGAUCAAAGCGGAGUUAAGCCAACUUACUCACGUGAUAUAACAGGCAAAACAAAUUUGACAUAUCUUAAAUGGUUAUUUUCAUUGCAAUUGCCUCACUCAUUAUUGUUGGAAGGGUAGUUUAACGUACAACGCCGCACCCAGCAAUAUUACAGCUAUGUGAUGGUGGCCUGUACAUAAUCGAGUCUGGACCAGACAAUCCAGUGAUUGAUAUUAUGAUGAUCGAUCCACGCCAUCGUGGAAAGUUGAUAUGUCAUCAACCAAGUCAGCGAGCCUGACCACUCGAUCCAUUGAGUCCCCUCUUACGACCAGCACAGGGUGCCAGGGAUCAGUUUUAACCUGGAUUCCGCAUGGAUUCUCUCAUCGUCUUCAGCAUCAUCACACCAGAAUUUAACUGAAUCGAUGUAUUUGCCACUUGUACAGUAUCGGGAUGUCCAUAUGUAAGUGCAGUUGUCCAUGGCCAGUUGCAAUAAA